UUGCUAUCUUACAUAUCUGAGAACAAUGCUGGAAAUAUAAGACAUAACCAACAAAAUCGACACAUGGCGCCAGGCUUGCCAGACCUAAUACCAACAUUUCCGGAAUAUGUCUAACAAUAAAGUACAACAUGGAAACAAUUGGCGGUAGACAAAAGGGAACUUUCAUUUAUGUUUAUGAUGGAUAUACAUAUAAUAUCGAUAAGCGGCUAAACAACACAUAUCGCUGUUCAAGUCGUCGUUCAACAGGAUGUCCCGGUGUUGCAAAAAUAAUUGAUGGGCAAGUGCAUGUGCAAACUCUACAUCAACAUCCACCAGAUACCAAAAAGUUGGAAAAAUCUAAAAUGCGAAAUGAAAUGUUACGUUUAUCACGAGAAUCGCUUCUGCCACUGAAGGAAAUUUUUGAUAACGUUUGUCGAACGGAUCCAGAAGUAGCUAUACAUAUAUCGUAUAGUUCUAUGAAAAAUAUAAUGACUCGAGAACGAACUAAACAAAGACCUCCUAUACCACACACUUUUCAAGCCUUGGCUACUGAUUUAAUUAAAUACGAGUGGAUUAAAGAUUUUUAUAAAGGAAGUGUAGUUGCACAAGAUGGUAAUACAGCUAUUAUAUUUUCAAGUGAAAAACUUAUUGAAAUAAUUCAAGAAGCUCAGGAAAUUUUUGUUGAUGGAACAUUUUCAGUUGCUCCCCGUCAUCCUCGAAUGGAUCAACUAUAUACUAUUCACACUCGUUAUAUGAAUAAAGCAGUUGGAACUGUGUUUUGCUUAUGUGAAGCAUGUACUAGUGCAUUAUAUGAAUCAAUAUGGUUAAAAGUAUUAGAACUAGCUCCAGGAAUGAAAAAUAAUGUCAAAUUUAUCAUGAGUGAUUACGAAGCAGCAGCUAUAAAAGUUUUAGAAAAACUUUUUCCAAAUGCAGAUAUUCACGGGUGUUGGUUUCAUUAUAAUCAAGCAGUACUACGUAAAUGGAAUUACUUGGGUUUAACAAAUAUUUCAAAUACCCUGUUGUCCAUGACAAUGACGCUUCCAUUACUGCCACAAGAAUAUUUCAUGCCAGCAUUAAGGAUACUACAUAAUUACUGCGACGCUACACAUUUCAAAUAUGAAGAAUUAUUGCAAUUUCUAACAUAUAUUGAGAAAACUUGGUUGCCUAAGGCAUCAAAAGUUAGCGUAUAUAACUGUCCUGCAAGAACAAACAAUUUAGUAGAAAAUUUCCAUAGUACAAUAAGACGAAAAUUGGGUCUUCAUCAAAAUUUAUGGCUUUUUUUAGAUAAAUUAACAAAGUUAAUUAUGGAUCAAGAAAUUCAUUUUAGACGUCUACAAAAUAAUGAGAAUUUAAUGAUUGUGCAGCAACGCAAAAAUAAAGAGCGUAAUUUAAAUAUUUUUCAAGCGCAAACAGAUCUAAUUACAGGAAGGUUGCCCCUUGAACAAUUUUUACGAAUGUUUACCGGAAUAUAUAAAACUUCUUAUUAUCAAGAACAUAUAAAUAUGCAAGAGAAAGAAAAUGUAGCAAACAUCUUAUCUUUGGAAAAUGAAAACGAAGAGAAUUAUGAAAAGGAAACACAAAUUACUACAAAUCAAGAUAUUCCAACAAUUAUAUGUGAACCGGACAUUCAACCUCAAGUUGUACUAACAAGACUCAAACGUAAAGAUUAUGAAAAAUAUAUUGAAAAUGAUCGGCAACCAUUAAAUUUUAUUGAAAAUACUAUUUCGUCAAAUAUUACACGAAAAAGAUGCAGAAGAAAAGUGCACAAAUGUUGUUGAAAAAAUAUCAAUAUCAUAAGAUCUCAGUAUUUUAGCAUCAAUUCUGUACAUUGAUUCUAAUGGAGACUGACAUUUUUUAAAAUAAUAUUUAAUUAAAGUAUUAAUUGAUAAUCAUUUUAGAUUUCAUUAUUUUGGAUAUUAAUUUUAUAUGAGAUCUCAUUGGAAUCAAUCUACAGAAUUACAUAAAAUAUGACUUGUUUCAUGAGGUGAGAUUUUCCGAAAAGAGGCGAAGAAAAUGAAAGAAUAAUAAAGUCUGGUAUAGAUGCAUUAUGCAAAUCAUAACAUAGAUGCAUUGAUGCUGUAUCGAAUCAAGUUUUUAUACCGUGCAGUCACAUUUGUUGUUGUAAAGAUGUUAAAAAAAUGUCCCAUUUGCAAAGCAGAAAUUUCAUCUAUCUACAAAGUAUAUACAGCAUAAAUGAGUUUGUAUUUUCUUCUAAAUAUAAGAACAUCUAAGAAUGUUUGCAACUUUCUUAAUACGCGUAAUCUGAGAUACUUGUCAAUUAUACGCUUUGAAAUAUAUAUGGCUAGACUACCUUGCAUAUUUUAAUCUUUACGCAUAUAGUGCGCAAUACUUAAGAUACAUAAAACAUUAUUCUAUUGAAAAUUAA